AUGUCCUUCUGGCGCGUGCUAGUAUUGGGCAGCUCGGUUUUUGUGCUGACUGUCUAUUCUGCUGUCCAGAUCGGAAUGGAUCCGGUUUGUUCCUGUCUAAACCCAACGGGGAUAUGUGCUGUGCUUUGUGUCCAGUCGCCCCCAAGCCCUGGCUACCCCAAGUUUAUUUAUGCCAAUCGAACUCAGCCACGCACGAUGGCUCGCAUUGUCCCGCAAGAUGUAGCACCGGCUCGGCCGGUUGUCUUUAUGCAGCGCACUAUCAAACGCAUGCCUCUGCCAAUUACGCCGCGAAUGCGCCCGCCGGAAGCCUGUGAAACAGUCACUGAGACCGAAACUCAAACAGAGCGCAUUACGCGCACUCGCACCAAGACCCAUAUGACAAUUCGUAUUCACACGCGGACUAAGACUCUUUCCAUUAAGGAGCCUUUCUUCAAAACAAUCACCUUUCCUCCAGUAACUAAGAUAAGCACAAUUGGAUAUACUGAAACUCUUUUUGCCACCCAUACGUUGACCCUCACGAAGACCCUUCCAGCGGUAACCCACGAAAUUACCCAAAAGAGCAUCCAAGUUCUAACUCCAGUCCCCAUCACCACCACGAAGAUGGUUCGAAGUCCUCCGUCCAUCUACAUCAAUACACGGACGGUCACUGUCACAAUGCCGCCGCCGCGUCCAGUCACCAAGAGCUACACGGUUACUUCAGUUUCGGUUGUGACAGCCACGCGGCCGCUCUACCCAGAGUACGUGGAUAUUAGGCCACUACCCAAGCCACUACCAGGUAUGAUUAUUGAAUUCCACGACUCCAACAAUAAGUCCAAACGAGUGAACGUUGUAAUGCCAACCCCAACUGUGACCGUGCCUGUUUCAUCGGCAGAGAAGCUCUUCUCUAACCGCCCCAAAACUGUUGUGAUUCCGCCCGUGACUGUAACCUCGGUGCAGUACAUUACCCAAACAACCCGCGAGAUCAGCACUCUUCCUCUACCUGUUACCAAAACAGUCACGACCACAGCCACCCAAAUGCUGCCCAUUAUGCGCCCAACCACCUUCUAUGAGACCAUUACUCACCCCGAUAUGAGGAUUGUUCCGCGCACAAGCACUAUUGUGGAGACGCAGACCCGAGAGCGACCUACCCUGAUUAUUAGCACCACAACGGCAACAGAGACCACCACCAGCACCACUAUAUCCACUGCCACAUACACACUUCCUCCCAUUACCCUCCCGCGAUUCACUACUACUGUAAGUAGAACAACAACAGUUUCAGUAACGGCCACCGUGCCUGUUCCCCAAAUAUCCAAUAGAUAUAUCACUACUACCGAGAUAGCUACAAUGACCAAGCAAGCAGCCCCAGUUCUCACCACCUACAUAGAUGGCAAAGAUCAAUAUGAAGACAUAAUCAACCAGCUAAGAAACGAACUGGAGAAGGCCAGAACUGCUCGCGAUCGUGCCCAAAAAGAAGCCGAGGCCUACAGAAGUGAGACCGAUCGGCUCAACUCUCUUCUUAAUAUGCGCAAGUAA